ACUCGCCUACUUUUGUAUCCAUGUUCCCAAACCAAAACCCUACCCACUUUGGCUUUCUCUAGCUUCCUAGGUAAUCACAGAGCAAAGAAGCAAUUUAGUCUUUGUUGAAGCGCUGCGAAGAUGGUGGCGGACAAGGGCAAGAAAUUGAAGGUUGGAGAGAAAGGCGAAGAGGAAAAUGUGGAGCACAUUGAUGGAGACCUCGUUCUCUCCAUCGAGAAAUUGCAGGAGAUGCAAGACGAGCUGGAGAAAAUCAAUGAAGAGGCUAGUGAUAAGGUCUUGGAAGUUGAGCAGAAGUACAAUGAGAUACGCAAGCCUGCCUAUGACAAACGGAAUGAUAUUAUUAAAUCGAUUCCUGACUUCUGGUUAACUGCGUUCUUGAGCCAUCCUGCUCUUGGUGACCUUUUGACUGAAGAAGACCAAAAGAUAUUUAAGCAUCUAGAUUCCCUUGAAGUGGAGGAUUUUAAGGAUGUGAAGUCGGGAUACUCUAUUACUUUUAAUUUCAAAGCCAAUCCCUACUUUGAAGACACAAAGCUCACGAAGACUUUUACAUUCCUUGAUGAAGGAACAACAAAAAUUACUGCGACAUCAAUUAUGUGGAAAGAGGGCAUGAUCAAUGGAGUUGCUCAUGAGAAGAAAGGGAGCAAGCGGCCUCAUGUUGAUGAAAGCUUUUUUACGUGGUUCAGUGAUACCCAGCAGAAAGAUGAUAUGGAUGAGAUUCACGAUGAGGUUGCUGAGAUAAUCAAGGAGGAUUUAUGGCCCAAUCCUCUCACAUAUUUCAACAAUGAGGCUGAUGAAGAGGAUUUUGAUGGGGAAGAAGGUGAUGAAGAGGAAAAAGGCUCUGAAGACGAUGAUGACGAGGAAGAUGAUGACGAGGGUGAUGAUGAUGAUGAUGGAAAUUGAGCUUCUUUAACAGCUGUUUUACUAAUUGUCUUCCAUUGCUUUGUUAUGGCUCCUGUAAAGGUGCCUUUGGUCGAAAAAGAACCCGAGUGACAUGGUUUUUCUACCAUUGUCAGUUAGUGGUUCUCGGACCUUCUCUUUCUUGAUCAAGGCAAAUCUUUUUGUUUCUUUUAUAGGAUUAUCUGAGGGGUUUGUCCUCUGGAUUACAGGUUGCUAGAUGAAUGAGGGUAUUUAGCUUUUUUUAAUCUACUCUAAUGCCAUGAACUCCAUUGUGAGAGAGAUAAUUUAUACUUUUGGAUGUAAAGCUGUUUGGUUGGGCUAUAUAUGCAGAUUUUUUUAUGUCCUGAAUUUUGCUUUA